CUCCCCUACCUCUUCUCCCUUCUCGCGCUCCUCCUCCUACUCGCCCUCCUCUUCCCCUGGGGGCCGCCCCGCCACUCCGCGCUGGCCUCCCCGUGGCGCUCCUACACGCUCCAAGACGCCGCCGCCUUCGCCGCGGCCUCCGGCAACGGCACCAUCAUCCUCGCCGCUGUCUCCGGGCCGUACCUCCCCUUCCUCUCCAACUGGCUCAUCAGCGUCCGCCGCGCCGGCCGCGCUAACCAGGUGCUCGUCAUCGCCGAGGACUACGAGACCCUCGAGCGCAUCAAUGCCGCAUGGCCCGGCCACGCCGUCCUCGUGCCCCCCGCGCCCGACGCCCAGGCCGCCCACAAGUUCGGGUCACAGGGCUUCUUUAACUUCACCUCGCGGCGGCCGCGACACCUGCUGCAGAUUCUCGAGCUGGGGUACAGCGUCAUGUACAAUGACGUCGACAUGGUGUGGCUUGCCGACCCGUUUCCAUACCUAGUCGGCAAUCACGACGUCUACUUCAUGGACGACAUGAGUGAAGUGAAGCCACUGAAUCAUUCACAUGCGCUGCCGCCGCCAGGUAAGAAGGGGCGGCCAUACAUUUGCAGCUGUAUGAUUUUCCUGCAGCCAACAGAAGGGGCAAAGUUGUUGAUGAGGAAGUGGAUUGAGGAGCUCAAGGAACAGCCCUGGUCGAGGAAAGCGAAAUCAAAUGAUCAGCCGGCAUUCAACUGGGCUUUACUAAAGACUACUGGGCAGUUGUUAUGUAUUAUCUUAUCAUUUUUGCCAGUGUUUUUUUAUCUCAAGGUGGAUGUGUAUUUACUACCUCAGUCUGCUUUUCCAACUGGAGGUCUAUAUUUCAAGAACAAAAAAUGGGUCAAGGAGACAAAGGGCAAGCAUGUCAUUAUACAUAACAACUACAUAACAGGGUUUGAAAAGAAGAUAAAACGCUUCCGUGAUCAUAAACUCUGGCUGGUGGAUGAGCACAGCGACGAGUCACCACUUGCAUCACAAUUUUGUAGCUGGUGUCUGCCCAACCAGAUGUUGGGUGAUUUUCCAUCCACCACAUGGAAUUCAACAAUCGAAUUUGAACACCGGAUCCGCAUGCAGAAGACUCCAUCUGUACAUCAAGGCCCUCAGGAGCUAAGCUUUCUCAUGCAGUCCAUCUUUCUGAAGUACUCCCUCCGUCCCAAGGAGCAACGCCAACGCCGUUGCCUUGGCCUCACACAAGGAACACCGGCGGCACGCACGCCCCCACAUAUACUCCUCCCCAGCCCCCGUGCUUGCAUGUGCACAAGAAACCUCCUUUCUUCUCACCACAGCAGCAAGGAAACCCGCCCUUCCACGCCCACAAAGAUCAGAUCAAUGGGUCAGGCCGUCACCAAGGCGAAGCAAGAGGCCGGGCGGGCGACGCAGAAGAACGACAAGGACGGCAAGGCUGUGGCCAACCAUAAUAACGCCAAGGAGCAGCUCAUCAAAUUUAUGGACAACAACUACGACGAAAAGGUCAAGCCUGCCAAAACCUUCAAUGAGUUUUACCACGCCAUCUUCGAGCUCAUCGAGAAUUCUCCUUUGAUUCCUAAGCCUUUACGGAUUAAAAGUUCAUGCAUGCGCAUAAACAGAAAGUUUUGUGAGAAACAAGGGCAGCUGCAGUACAGGAUGCCAACCAAAGAUGAACUCGAGAAAGAGUACAAGGCUCUUGGGGGAAAGAGGGACGGAGUAAACAUCACAAAGGAGCAGUUCCACAGGAUCACCGAGAACCUCGUCACGGUGAACAGCUUCAGCUUCGGCAAGGCCGCCUUCGACGUGCUCGUGGUCCUCUUCGGCGCGCCGAUGUGCGCGCUCCUCGUCAAGAGGGUCGUCCCGGGCCUCAAGUCCUUCUCCGACGACGUCGUCAUCCCGGUGGCCACCUCCGGCGCCGUCGUGUACCUGGCCAAGACCAACAAGCUGUGACCCGGCGGAUUAUAUACAAGUGUCACUGCUACUGCUAGCUUACCACGAGAAGAAAAAUAAUGAUGCAACUGUGUGGUGGCUCGAUCGCGUCCAGAUUGCAAAAUCUGUAAAAAGUAUCUGUAAAGAUGAUUGAAACUUUAGUGAUUUUUCUCUGUUCU